CGACGUGCUAACGAGUUAGCCGGAUAGCUACAGCUAUCUGGUGUUCGCGGCGGAGGCUAUUUGUAUAUGAUAAAGAAUAAUAGUUCUGAUAAUAUUUAAUUUUAUUUUAGUUUAGUCAUCCAGGUUAAUCAAUUAUGCCCAGCAAAAAGAAGAAAUAUAACGCCAGGUUUCCUCCGGCGAGGAUUAAGAAGAUUAUGCAGACGGAUGAAGAAAUAGGCAAAGUGGCUGCAGCAGUACCUGUUAUUAUUUCGAGGGCUCUGGAGCUUUUCUUGGAAUCGCUGCUUACAAAAGCCUGUCAAGUCACCCAGUCUAGGAAUGCAAAGACAAUGACAACAUCCCAUUUAAAGCAGUGUAUUGAGUUGGAGCAGCAGUUUGAUUUCCUCAAGGAUUUGGUGGCAACAGUGCCGGAUAUGCAGGGAGAGGGGGAAGAGAACCACACUGAAGGGGGAGCAGAGAAAGUCCCACGCAGGGGUCGAAAACCAGGGUCUGGACGCAAGAACGGAGGAGCCGGCUCUAAAGGCAAGGACAAGAAAUUGUCUGGUACCGAGUCAGAGCAAGAGGAUGACUCUGAGGACAGCGAAACAGACGGGGAUGAAGAUGACGGAUCUCAGUCAAGCACAAACCUGCAGGCAGCAUCCAGGUUCCACAGCUCCAACACUCCCCUCCAGUACAUGCACAUGGGCAACAUGGUGUCGAUGGGCAGCAUGGCCCCAGCACAGCCCCAGGGCGGCAUGGCCUUCACCCCCCACCCAUCCAUGAUGAGCGUCGCACCCCCUCCCCCAGCGCCCACACCGCACAAAAACGAUGAUGACGACGAUGAGGACUAUGAUUCUUAGCUCCCUCCUCCUCUACCACCAUGUACACACACACACACACACAUAUACACACACAUUCUUUCAACUUUAUUUUUGGUUUCUUAAGUUGUUCUUAAAACAGCCGCUCAAAGCAGAGGAGGGAAAGACUCUUCAUCCCAGCCGGCUGACGGCUGGCUAAAACAGACACCUUAGACGCCGCCGUGGAAGACAGAAAACUGGUUGUAUAUUAUGUGUUUUAAUUUUCAUUUUUUAAAAGGUUUUAUUUUAUUGUAGAGGAGAAUCCAACCAGGAUGUUUUUUAACGAGUCAGUGGUUCUAUUUUGACUAAUAAAAAUGGCAGUCGUCACUGUUUUUUUGCCAUGUGCCCCGCAGACAGGAUAGGUGUGGUUUAUGUUACCUCGUAGCUUUUUUCAUUUGGCACUUUUCUUUUGUCCUCAGUAGUCGACGUUUCUAAGUGAACAUAUCAGUCGUUGUCGCUCAGACCCUCAGGUUGGCUAAAAAAGAACCAGAUACAAGUCUUAGAUAAAGCCUUAUUCUAGCCUUUAAUAUUGAUGCAAAGGCUUUAGGUGAGUUCCUUGCGACAGUUCAAGUAUUAGUAAAGAGAACUGAGUCCUGAGUCAUUGUCUUUCCCAUGAAGUGUUCAUUUAACUAUUGGCUAUGAAGCUGCGCUGUUAAGUUGUGAGCUCUACUUCCCGGCUUUGUCGCGACCUGCUAGUAGAGUCCAAUUGUCAGGCUGUAACGUAAACAAGGAAGCAGGUGUAUUUUUACUCUAGGUUAUCGAACCGCAGCGUUUUGAAUGAGUUUCUAUUUUAAUUCACGUUUUUAUCAAGACAACUGUAACGCUCCCUGACCACCGUUGUAAUCAGGUUAAUGAUUCGUUACCGCGUCUUCAAACCUUAUUCUCUUUUCUAAAACGACCUGUUAAUAUUAUUUUAUACGAGAACAAAAUUCCCCCCGAAAUCAGAAGCGUACUGUGAGUCUCGGACCAUGGCUUUGUUUUUAAAGUUGUCUCCUUCGUCCUUACCCUGGUCCACUCUAAUUUCUAUUCCGCCAACCCUCCCAUUUGUUGUUCUGUUACUCCUUUACCAUCAGCAUUAUUUGCCCCUCGUUUUAGAUUGUUUUAAACGUAUCUAUUGGAAGCAGAGAUGGGGCUCCCAUUCAUGUGUCAGUCUGAGUAUGAAAUGUUUCAGAAUAGACAGUUGAAGUUGACACUGUAUUGUAAACUUUUAACAUUCUUUUUAUUUUGUAUGGGUGAAAUAAAAUUCAUAUUUCAAUUAAAAAAAAAAACAA